CAUGGCAAAGAUAGUCUGCUCGAGGUCUUUUGAGGCCAGUAUUAGCCUUCCGCCAUGAACACACGGGCACCUUUUUAACACUCGCGAGCGGAAAAUUGCAGUCGGUAGGCCAUUGCGUUUCUGUUCGCGAUGACGAUAAGCGACAAAGAGCCAUAAAACCCGUAACUGCUCACUGCACCGACGAUUGACACCAGCGACCACGCCGCUACAAUCGCGCCAUGGACUCCUCCAGGAGCUGGCUCGUGGCAGCCGGCUGCUGCUGGGUCAACAUCUUCUGCGUCGUCAUGAUCCGAUCCGGAGCCAUCGUCUACGUCGGCAUCAUAGAGACCUUCCAGGUGACGCGAGAAGAAGCCACCUGGCCGGGCACCGCAUCGGCCACAUGCUAUUUCACUGCAGCCCUGGUCGCGGGUGUACUUGCGAGGCACGUGGCAGUGUGGAAGAUUACCUUCACUGCGUGCAUUGUCGCUGCCACCUCUGUGUCGUUAUGCUUCUUUGCCAACGGCGUCACCUACCUUGCCCUUCUGUACGGAGUCGUUCAUGGGUGGAGUGUCGGCCACGUAACCCUGUCAAGCACGGUGAUCAACCAGCACUUCGUCAAGUACCGCGCCGUGGCCUCUGGUCUCAACCUGGCUGGCUUCUCCGUGGGUGGCCUCAUCUUCCCGCCGACAAUCCAGUAUUUCAUUGACCAGUUCGGCUUUCGGGGUGCAUUUUUACUCGCCGGGGGGACCAUACUUAAUGCGACCGUCGGCACGCUCCUACAGCGCAUACCCGCGCCAGAACAGCCUGGUCAAGCGAUAGACAAACCUGCCAAACCUUUCGAGGUCAGUGAUAGGAGCGUACCUGGGUCAGGUACCAUCUCUUCAGCGCCUGUCGUUCCAGAAGUCAACUGCAAACCGGCCUUCGAUCCAGACAAGGCCUUUCAAGCAGAAAGCGUUCGUUCUAUCAGGGUAGCGGACGGUGACGACAAAGAAGAGGUGAUUGGAGUCUAUGGAGCGCCUCGCGGAAGACACAGUUGGAAAUGUGGCGAGGAAAAUGAUGGCUUCGAGCCUUGUGAAACCACAAGUAGACAGGUAUCGAAAGAAAACAUUCAUGUGAUUCCGUGCACGGGGCGUUCUUCGAGCUUGAAGGAAAAAUUUAGUAGCGGCGCACGGGAAGCCGAAAGCGCGAGAAAACGAACAACGUCGGCGAUGGCAACUUUAGGAGUCCCAAACCAAGGUGUCCGCCCGGCGGAAUACGGUGCUUGCAAUGAAAUUCGGGAUCGUGCCACGCACUUUCAGCCUACAGUACAAAAUACAGAGCAUAACUAUGGCGCGGAGCAUUCGCCUAGCGAACUUUCGGCGACUCGCGUUGAAAUGGCGGAUACGAAAGAGGCGCGAAAGCUCCCUGGAGGCGUAAAGGCUAAACUACUGGCCGCCAAGGAACUAUUGAGUUUCCUCGCGCUCACCAAGUUCUAUGCUGUAGUUCUUUCCAAGAUUGUGAUGGUGACAAAUUCAAGUAUAUUUUCAACCGUCAUCAUCGACUUUGCCCUGGACCACGGCAUAGACAGGUGGAAGGCGCUCACUUUGAUCUCGGCGUUCACUGCCACGGACCUGAUGGCCAGGCUUACGUCUGGGUGGAUCACGGACCGAAAAAUCUUCUCGAGGAGCACAUUUGUGGCACUUUGCAUGGCGAUCUGGACAGCCGUCGACAUUUGCUUCGCGUUUGUUCACUCGUACGCCGUGCUCGUCAUUUUGUCCGGCGUCGCCGGCUGGUGCAACGGUUCGGUGCAGCCACUGGUGCCCGUGUUGUACAUGGAAGUGGUGGACAUCAGCCGCUUCAGCCUGGCCUAUGGGCUCAGCUCCUUCUUAGUGGGACUUACAGCAUUUGCGAGGCCCUCCCUAGCAGGUUACUUCCGAGACACGCUGGGAAACUACUCUGGCCUGUUCCUCACAAUAGCGGCGUUCACGGCACUUUGUACGAUGCGUUGGAUUUACGCUGCCGUGCAAGAAAGAUGCUGUCGGGGCGGACGGAAGAAAUAAGCCACCACGGAUUUGCCGGAUUUUCUUCUCACGCACCCGUUUGCUUGCUGUACAUUUGGACUAGCCGAAGAAAGUAUUAUACAGGCCGCUCUCAAGACGAUGCUAGGCGAUGCUAAAGGCGAUACUUUCUGCCAGUCAUUACAUUAAUCUUACACGUACUGCAGUAGGCCUUCAACCCGCGAUAUAGCUGUUACAUUCAUAUCGUGGGCUGGUCGCCGCCUGCCCAAGCAGGCGGCGGCCAACAGGGCGAGAGAUAUGCUUGCUCUAAGGCGAGAUGAAAGAAGGCAUCUCGUAAAGGCGGACGCGCAUGCUCACAUCGAUUUGGUCUUGAACCACCUGCUACCCCUGGAUGUCGCCCGCCGUGUAGUACCGAACAUACCCGAAGACGCAGCUCCCGUCUUCAUUCUGAACGAUACUCCGUUCCAUAAACGGCAGUGAACGGUGUGGAAGCUACGCAAGGAGAUCGGUCAACAAAAGUUAUCACUCCGCGCGUUCCGUGCAUGAUUCGCUGCGCGCCAACAGCGUUCGCUCGCGCGAGCAUGCACGUGAGGCUCCUCGCGACGGAGUGCAAAGAAAAAAAAAAAGUCGGAAAGAACAACAAAAAUAAAAAUGAUCCAGAACAGCGCAUUAGCAGCCGUAUACCACAGUGCCUUUGUCUCUAAGGAUUGAAACUUGUUUCAUUCAGUACAGAGCCUAUAAAAGAAUGGUUGCGCACAAUUGCGGUCAAAAAAAAAAAAAAAAAGAUCGUACUACAUCCAAGUGCGAACGAAGCCACUGCAAGAAGUCUCUUUAGCCUCCACAGCGUUGACUGCUAUGUAUGGAAAGGAAUGUAGAGGUACAGCCUGCACUGCAUACGUCUGACCCACUAGCCAGCUGCCAGUAAUCCUGAUCGUUUCCACUCGCGAAGUCGGAGUCACCGAGGGCAUGGAAUGUCCUUUCUGACUCGUGACGAAAAUGGGGAAAGGGGGAGGGCGCUGAAGCCGUCGAAGUGCGCGUCGCACAUGCCCGAGUUGGGACACGCCGUGUUGGCGGACCGACGAAGUCGGCGAAGAUGCCACGUGCCUCCUGCGUAAGGCGCUGCAGUGUCAAGUUUAUAGAAAUAACUCCUCUUACUUUGAUCGUGUAUCUGUAGCAGAGAUUAAAAGGCAGCGGGAUCGAUAAAAACAGCGACGCUAUAGAAUGAAUCAGAAGAGCCAAAAUUUAACGUUGGGCAAUUAAAACGACCUAUAGGAUGACGCGGUGGUGGCACUUUCGCGGCCUUUCUUCCUUGGCUGGCGAAUAUAUAGUCUUCUCGUGAAGUCGUAAUUCUAAGCAUGAAACAUAUUUGGGGUGUAAAUGUCCUUUGUGCAGCGCGAUGCAUGCUCGAUUCCCGGGCUUGUGUCGCGACCCUAAUACAACGUGACAGUUUCUCAUAUACCGCAUGCGUGCAACAUGCCUUUCAGCCAUCAGUAAACAGGGUCCUUCGGCAUAAGACGGACGCACAGAUGCCGCCACGGAAAGGUGAGCAGUCUAUAGCUAGCCGGAGUGAGUAACUCUGGUAACUAUUCGUGAAUACCGCCUAUGCAGCUACUGCUGGUAUAUGCACAAAGAACACGAAGACUCUGCUACUACAUAUGUACUGUGCGAAAAGGAAUAUCCGUCACCGUUAUAGGGUGGCAUCUCUUUCCUUUAUUUUCAUUUCAAUAAGAAAGAAAUAAAGGAAAGACCCUCCAUUAUCCGUGUAAAUUAAGGAUUUCUGUAUUGUGUUAUGGUAUAAGGAUUCAACUAAAUGUGUAUUAAUUAUUACUUGAUGGCACCAAUAUUAAUAAAACCGGUGUUCUUUGUUUUGUAGGCAUAUAUUACAGUUUUGGGCGUCAUUUCUGUUGUUUUCGUUCUUUGUUACUAAGAUCUCUCUAUGCUUUGUAUGCUCAGCGGUUUCUUUUUCUUCCUCCUUGUACUGUGCGCUAUUUAUUGUUAAUUUCCUAUAUUGUAUUGAUGUAACCCUUUCUUUUUCUUUUUAGUCUUAUACAAAUUUAUUGCGGUCUUCUUGUUUUCCACUUUAUCGAAUGUACCAACUCCCCUCUCUAAUGCCCUCGGGCCCUGGGGUUAAGGAAGUAAAUAAAAUAAACAAAUUACAACUUA